CCACCAUCGUUAAGUAUCGACGACUACGGUUGGACCCAACGCGUAACACCUAGCCCAUUAAAGCUGACUAAGCAACUAUGGUCAUCUAUUAUUCAGCUAAAACUAGGUCAUGGGUAUUUUAGGUCAUACCUAGUCAGGCUACCUGCAUAUAAUAGUGGAACAUGCAAUCUAUGCCAAACCAAUCAGGAGCAGACCCCAUAUCAUCUACUAUUCCACUGCCCAGCCUAUAGAGACAUCAGAUAUAGAGCAUUCUCUAGGGUAGAUAGAAAAGAUUAUAAUCUUUUCUAUCUCUUUUCUAAGGACGGCCAAGAAAGUUUAGUUGAAUUCCUAAAGGAGACAAAAAUAGCCACUAGGAAGUGGCACAUAGGAACUAAUGAUUACGCAAGAACCCUACUACCUAGUCUAACCCAUAGAACCAGGCUUACUAGGCAUAGAUUAUCUAAUCAUGCUUAUUAA